ACGAGCGCCUUUGAGGGUCAAGCGCCGCGGCCAGGAAUGCACAGUCCGCGGGGGGGGGGGGGGGGGGCGGAGGAGAGCGCAGAAGCCGGGCGGGAACGGCCAGCAGAGCCGGCUACAUAGGCUGGCCUGAGACCCGCGCAGCUGUCGCCGUCGCCUGCUGCUGGGCAGCCAGCCGGGCCGAGGGAUGGCGGCGGCGCCAGGGCGGCCCCCGGAGGGCUCCCCCCGCCACGCCGACCUCCGCUGCCGGACUAUCCUUCUCCUGAGGAAAAUGCGCGCCGAUGUCAGCAGCCUCCUGGAGACCUACGUAGAGAAGCAGGGUUUGGACAAAAACUUCAGCCUUGACUCGCUGGAUGGUGUGCCAACAGCCAGCACUGAGCAGUGGAGUGAAAUCUCAGAUGCUGAGCGGCUGAGGGAUAACCUGAAGGCCUAUUGGGCAUUUCAGAUCUUGUUGAAUGAAAUCUUGGAAGAGCAGAGGUCCUCCUUGAGCCCAAACGAUUUAGAUUUUCAUGAAUCUAUUCAGUCAGUUCUGCUCCAAGUCUCUGCUUUGGCUUACCAACUAGAAGAACUGAUGGUGAUAUUGGAGCACAGUGUGCCAACCAAAGAAAGAAGCCGGGAAGCUCGUGAAAGGGGCUUGUUUGAGAAGAAACUGAGAGGCAUGAAAGUGCUGCAGGAGCUUGCUCAGUGGUCUGUUAGGUCUGUUCGGGAUCUACACCAGCUCUCCAGUCCUGCUCAGACAGGGGCUAUACCACAUGCAAGUUGCAGCUUGGCUCUCAAAAAGUGAGGUGGUUCUUCACUGGCAGAUUUUUACUUUCUCAGAGGCUUUUCCUGUCCUCAACUAAAAUGGCAUGGUGUGAAUAGAGUGACCCCUUUGUGAUUGCUGAAGUGAGAAGUGACUUCCAGAUGUUAUUAUUUAUUUCAUUCUGCAUCAUCUGAGACUUGUGCCCUUGACAGUUUUAAAUUUGGAUACGCUUCCACCAUCAUGGUUUUGGGUGUGAAAUUAACACAUGGUUGUUAAUUGGUUAUUGAUCAUGGAUUGGUUCGCCCUACUUUCUCACUUCCAGCUUAAGUGCUCAGAAUAGGUUGCCGUAGUUCCUUGUAGCUGUCUUGUCAGUUUUACAUGGAAUGGUGGUGGGUCACCCAAAAUGUUUCAAAGCCAAACAGGUAUCUCCUUCCACUAAACUCACCCCAGUUUGUUGCAUCACACAGGUUUUGUCAUUUUCAUCAGGAUACUGUGAUAGUUUUUUUUAAUCUACACAUAAUUAGUAGCAUGUAGCUUACAUUUUAAAAAUGUUCGGUGGAAGAAAUGGUUGUCCAGUGGUGUACUGCCACAAAAUGGCUCCCUGAGCUUGCCCUGGGCACUGUGUCCAGCCCCCACCACCGAACUUCCCCCACUGUUGAAUUCCUCCUGCCCCCACCAUUGCAGUCCCUCGCUCCCCCACCACUACCAUGCUGCCACCCCCGCAACCCCCCCAACAAACAUUUUCCUCCUCUGAGCAGCAUUAGGUGGCCACACUUUUGAGGCAGAAGCUUCCCUGCCCACAUUGUUGCUGACUGGAGCUGCUUGGAGGAGGAAAAGAUUUGGUGUGGAGUUUUCUUGUGGUGAGAGCACGGGGGUGGUGUUGGGGGGAGUUCAGCCGAGGUCUGAGCAUGGGAGGAAGAGGGAUUGGGGGCCCAAAAUGGGCCCCAGUGUGACCCAAAUGAAUGGCCCCUGGAUCAUAUACCCCCUCUGGCACACCUAGUUCUGCCAGUGUGCUUGACUCAAAUCAAUCCAUCUGAAUUAAUCUCAUUUUAUUUACUUGGGCAGAUUCAAUGGAAAUGAAAUUGUAGGCUGUGUCCAAAGCCAGGUUGCUCCAAUAUUGACACUCAGGGGUAUGACAGAUCUGGAUGAGCACAGUCCGCAGGCAUUGUUCAGCAAUAUGGAAACAGUGAUAUACAUUUUCCUAACCUAUAAAGUACCAUGUACCUUGACAUUUGCCAUUUUUCUCAGAUGAAAGGCUUUUAUUUUUAAGGGAAUGGCACAAUAGCACCUUACAAUAACCGUUUAGCAUAGCUAAUCAAUUUCAAUUUAAAACUUGUAUUUUAAAUAUUGGAUUACGAUGCUGAACAUGCACAUAGGGAUAUAGUGAAAGGAGUAACCAAGCAAAGUAGUCACUUUAGCAGGGUUUAGUAGUCUGGUUUAGGAAAUUCUUGAAGAUUUGGGGUGGUGCCUAGGGAGGACAGGGAGCUCAGUGAGUCUAUUAUAAUGUCACUUUUGUUUCUCCUGGACUCUAUGAUAUACCACCCUAUUAAUGUGUCACUCCCUCCAAGAGGGGGGAUAUCUACAGUCUGGAGAUCAGAUGCACUUCUGAGAGAACUCCAGGCGCCACCUUGAGGUAGGUAACCUCAUGGAAUUCAAACUGAUAAAAUACUAAUCUUGCAACAAUAUAUUGUGUUUCAGAUUUGGACUUUAGACACUAACUGGGAUUUUCAAAUGUUUAUGCAAGUAAGUGGAAUAGAAUGUGUAGUCCAGAGUAAUAACACAUUAUAGGUAAGCAAGGUUUCUUACCAAGGUGGCAGCCCAAUGCCCCUGUCACCAUUAAUAGGGCAGUGGAUAGGACUGGCAUUCCCUUCCCUUGGAGUUGCAACAUUGCUUCCCCCCCCCCCCCCCCCCCGCUGAACUGGAGUUCACACUAUGGGGACAAAUCUAGUAUUCACUCAAAUCUUCAUGGUAAAACCAUAUCGUUUUGGGUACAUUUUAGAUCAUUGCUCUGAUGUGUUCAUGCCACAGGUGAUAUUGCAGUGCUGGAGGACACUUCAUAUAGAUCCCUUUGGACUGGCAAACCUAGCUCAGAAGUACACAGUGUAGAAUUUAAUGGGGUAGAAGAUUAUUUUUUAAAUGGGAGGGUGGGCUUUCUGCUGAUGACCUUGGGCAAAAGGUGGAAGAGAGGAUUUUUUCUGUGCCCCAGAGAAGAGGUGUUCCUCCCAUUGGGCAAAGUGGGCAGUUGCCCAGGGCACCCCCUUGUGGGGGGCACCAAAAUGCAGGUUCGUUUGUGGGAUUUUUUGUAUUUUCAGUGUUUUUGUUUUUGGCAUGCAGA